AGAUGCUCCUCUGCUCUCCCAUCCUGCACGGAAGAGGUCACAUGACGUGUCUCCUCCCAGCGCGCGUCAUGUGACUGAGGAUGUCCGAGCUCACAUAAGCAGCGUGAAGGUGAGCUCACCUGGCAGACGGCCUGCGCAGGGUGACAAGCACCAGCAGGAAGCCCCCCGCCCCUCCCCCGAUGAUGUCGCCCCUCACCAACACCACGGGGGGUCUGCAGUAUCAGGGCCUGCUGGAGUCGGUGGCGUUCUCCAUGCUGACCACGGUCCCGUGCUGCGUCUUCCUGCUGGUCAACGCCGCCAUGCUGCUGACCCUGAGGAGCCGGCCUCUGUUCCGUGAGACCCCCCGCUACGUGCUGCUGCUCAACCUGCUGUGCGCCGACACGGCGCAGAUGGCCCUGAGCCAGCUGCUCUACCUGCUGGCCGCCAGCCGGGCGCCGCUCACCUACCCGGCCUGCGGCGUCCUCGUCAUGCUGGCCGACCUCACCAACGCCGUGUCGCCCCUCACGCUGGUGGCCAUGUCCCUGGAGAGGUACGUGGCCGUGUGCCGCCCGCUGAGGCACGCCGCCCUGGUGACGCCGAGGAGCACGAUGGCGGCCGUGGCGGCGGUCUGGGCCUUCAGCUCGCUGAACGUCCUCACGCAGGUCGUUCUGCUGCUGGACUUCCCCUUCCAGGACCUGCAGAGCCUGCGGAUGGACGACUUCUGCUCCAAGGGCCGGGUGAUGCUCGGCGCCGCGUCCGAGGUGUACGACAGAGGCUACACGUGCUUCCUGUUCGUAUCGACCAGCGUGGCCGUGGCCUCCUCCUACGUCGCAGUGACGAUGGCAGCCCGGUCGGCCUCCAGCGGCGGAGCCUCGGCCAGGAGGGCCCGCGACACGCUGCUGCUGCACCUGGUGCAGGUGGGCCUCAGCCUCUCGUCCACCGUGUACAGCCCCGUCCUCAUGGCGCUCUCGCGCAGCGUGAACCGCCUCCUGUUCGUGCGCCUGCAGAACGUUCUCUACGUCGCCAUCUUCAUCUUCCCUCGGUGUCUGAGCUCGCUGAUCUACGGCCUCCGAGAUAAGAGCAUCCAACCGGUGCUGCUGCAGCAUCUGAGCUGUGGGCUGAAGCUCCCAAUCGGCACAUCACCACCUUCCCCGCGUGAUGUAGAUGUGUAAAUACACAUUUAUGUAAACAUGUAUUCAUGUAAAUAGGCAUGUAUGUAUAAAGGGCUCAACAGAAGCACUGAAACACCCUCCGUGGAGACUUUAAAACGAUCCAGAGCAGAAGAGCUCCGCUUGUAUCGCGCCAUUAUUUGUCUUCAUUAACGUGUUGAUUCCCCUCAUGCGUCUCAUUUAGUCCUGAAGACUGCGAGUUCUCUUUAGAGACUGAAUGCUGAAUAUUCUGAAUUAAACUGCAUAAGUUCUGCUGACGAAUUCUAUAUUGUUAAAAGUGAUGAACCACAUGAAUCAAAGAUCUGUGGCUGUG